AUGGCGACCGCUACAGUCACGGUAACGGCCACCGCCACAGCCAAGAAGAAAGGCGCCGACCUGGCCCCCGAGAGCGAGCGCUAUCUUCGUUGCUGCGCCGACGUCGCCAAUGCCCUGAUCGAGGACCACGAGGCCAGCAAGAAUGGUCGUCCGAGUCGCGACAUCAACCUCAACGCCCUGCGCAACAAGCUGGCCAAGAAGCACAAGCUUACCAACAUCCCGCCUCUGACCGCCAUCAUUGCCGCCAUUCCCGAACACUACAAGAAAUACAUUCUCCACAAGCUCAUCGCCAAGCCCAUCCGCACAUCCUCUGGAAUUGCCGUCGUCGCCGUCAUGUGCAAGCCUCACCGCUGUCCUCACAUUGCAUACACCGGCAACAUCUGCGUCUAUUGCCCUGGCGGGCCCGACUCCGACUUUGAAUACAGCACACAGUCAUACACCGGCUACGAACCCACCUCGAUGCGAGCCAUUCGCGCGCGAUACGACCCCUUUGAGCAGGCCCGCGGCCGUGUCGACCAGCUCAAGUCACUCGGACACUCUGUCGACAAGGUCGAAUACAUCAUCAUGGGCGGCACCUUCAUGUCGCUAGCCGAGUCAUACCGUGAGGAUUUCAUCUCGCAGCUUCACAAUGCCCUCAGCGGCUACCAAACUUCCAAUGUCGACGAGGCCGUCGAAGCUGCCGAAAUGAGCAAUGUCAAAUGUGUGGGAAUCACCAUCGAGACUCGCCCGGACUACUGCCUGCAGCCUCACCUGUCCGACAUGCUGCGGUACGGCUGCACCCGUCUCGAGGUUGGUGUGCAAUCGCUCUACGAAGACGUCGCGCGCGAUACCAACAGAGGCCACACUGUGUCUGCCGUCGCCGAGACGUUCUGUCUGUCAAAGGAUGCGGGCUUCAAGGUUGUCAGCCACAUGAUGCCCGAUCUGCCCAACGUUGGCAUGGAGCGCGACCUCGACCAGUUCAGAGAGUACUUUGAGAACCCUGCGUUCCGAACCGACGGUCUCAAAAUCUACCCCACCCUCGUCAUUCGCGGAACCGGUCUCUACGAGCUGUGGCGAACCGGUCGCUACCAGAACUACACGCCAAACGGCCUCAUUGAUCUGGUCGCACGCAUUCUUGCGCUCAUCCCGCCGUGGACGCGCAUUUACCGUGUGCAGCGCGAUAUCCCCAUGCCCCUCGUCACCUCGGGCGUUGAGAACGGUAACCUGCGAGAGCUGGCCCUCGCGCGCAUGAAGGACUUUGGCACCACGUGUCGCGACGUCCGCACCCGCGAGGUCGGCGUCAACGAGGUCAAGAACAAGAUCCGCCCCAACCAGAUUGAGCUCGUGCGCCGCGACUACACGGCCAACGGCGGCUGGGAGACGUUCCUGGCGUACGAGGACCCCAAGCAGGACAUCCUGGUCGGCCUGCUGCGGCUGCGCAAGUGCACCGAAAAGUACACGUUCCGCCCCGAGCUCACCGCGCAGCCGACGAGCAUGAUCCGCGAGCUGCACGUGUACGGCACCGCCGUGCCGGUGCACGCCCGCGACCCCCGCAAGUUCCAGCACCAGGGCUUCGGCACGCUGCUCAUGGAGGAGGCCGAGCGCAUCGCCCGCGACGAGCACGGCAGCGAAAAGAUAAGCGUCAUCUCUGGCGUCGGCGUGCGCAACUACUAUAGAAAGCUGGGCUACUGGCUCGACGGCCCGUAUAUGAGCAAGUGGCUGGACGGACGCCCUGGGCCGGCCGAGGAAUAG